AGUUUCCAUAAAUUGCAUGCAAAACUGCAACCAGUCACACACUAUAUCUCUCCAGCUAUGAUCUCAGUUAAGCCUUUUCCAUUCUUAUUCAAAAACCUUACCAAUUGCUUAACUUGAAAACCAUAAAUCAAAUCUUUUCAUUAAUAUCCUCUUUCUUAUUUGAAAAUCAAAAGUAUAUCUCCACAAAUUUCGUAUACCAUAUAAACCCUUCACCGCUUCAAAUCUCUCACAUUCAUUGAUGGCCAUGGCUAACACCAGCAGUAACAGUAACCGUUCUUUUAUGGCCAACACAACGCCUUUUCACCAUCCCUUUUACGCUUCUUCUGAUCCCCAUCUCCGUCGUCAAGAUCAGCAUCAGCAAAACCUACAAAACCCUUUACAAGAAACCCUUGAAUCUUCCUUCGCUAAUCUCACUGUUAAUCCAGAGUCUGAUGCUGAGUUUUUUGAUAGGUUCUCUGCUUUUGAUAACGUCGUCAACGGUUUUGCGUUAAAUAGGGAUGCAUUUCCUUCACUUGCUCCCCAAGAUAUGGAACUCGGUAAACUUGAUGGCUGUCUAAGUUCUGGGUUUAUGGACUGUAUUGGUUUUAUACCUGCUUUUCAUCCAGCAUCGAAUAAUCUUGGCCAACUGAGUACAAACCAAAAUGGGUUUUUGAGUGAUUGUGGAAAUGGAGCAUUUCAGGAUGAUUUAUCAGCCCUAUCAUCUACAAAGCAAAACUUCUUGUUGAAUGGAAUGGUGCCCAGAAACCGCAAUGUUUCGAGUUUUAGUUUGAAUAUUAAGAGGCGUAAAUGGUUGCAGGAACCAAUACAUUGUUUAUCUUUGGGGGAUUUGGGGGGUAAUAUCGUGGCUUUGGCCAAGGACCAAUACGGCUGCCGUCUCUUGCAAAACACUAUUCUUCAUAUGACAAAAGAAGGAAUUGACAUGAUAUUCCUGGAGAUGAUAGACCAUGUGUGUGACUUGAUUGUUGACCCUUUUGGUAAUUAUGUUGUACAAAAACUUGUGGAAACAUGUAGUGACGAACAGAGGACUCAGAUCCUUCAAAUGCUGACCAAGAUUGAUUUUCAACUUGUAAGGAUAUGUCUAAGUAUGCAUGGGACUCGUGCUGUUCAGAAAUUAUUGGAACAUCUUACCACACUACCGCAAAUCUCUUUGGUGACAGCUGCUCUAAUGCCUGGUAUUGUCACAUUAGUUAAAGACACGAAUGGUCAUCAUGUAAUCCAGCAUUGCUUGAAAUAUUUCCCUGAUCAAUACAACAAGUAUCUUCUGAAUGAGGUGGUGGAUAAUUGUUUUGGAAUUGCAACAGACAAAAGUGGUUGUUGUGUGCUGCAGCAAUGUGUCGAAAAAUCUACCGGGCUGCAAAGAGAGCGUCUAAUUGCUGAAAUCAUUGCAAAUGCACAACACCUAGCAGAAGAUCGUUUUGGUAACUAUGUGGCGCAACAUGUACUGGGAUUGAGGAUACCACAAAUAACUGCAGAUCUUCUGAGACAAUUUGAAGGGCAUUACAUGCAUCUUUCCUGUAAUAAGUAUGGCAGUAAUGUUGUAGAGAGGUGCUUGAUAGAAUCGGGCGAACAGCAGUCCAUGAGAAUUGUCAUGGAGUUGCUUAAAAGUCCAAAUGUUUGUAUGCUGCUUACUGAUCCUUUUGGAAAUUUUGUCAUCCAAUCAGCUUUGUUGGUGUCUAAGGGUUUAAUCCAUGAUGCUUUGCGGAAUCUGGUUGAGUCGAAUAUUCCAAUGAUGCGGAGCAAUAUGUAUGGCAAAAAGAUACUUGCUUGGUUCGACCGCAGGAAGUUGACUCAUGUAUAGACAUACAAAUGCCUUGCAGGUCACAGGGACUGCCUUUCCAAUUUUUAGCUCCAACAUGUAGAAGUAUCUGGUGUCUGUAUUUUGAGUAAAAACUGUCUUUAUGUGUAGGAUUUGCUAUUGGCAUUAUAAAACUCCCUUUUGUUUGUGAGCCUGUAAGAUUGUUGUCAGUGUUUGUAGUUGUAGUCCUUUUGGUUGUAAGCUGAUAUUCAGAGGGCUUUGACAAUGAAACUUGGAAAGCAGGAAACAAUCUGCCAAUUGGAUGCUGGAGCUUACUGUAAUAUAUGUACAAUCCUUUGAAAGGAAUGUCAAAGAAAUGUUAAAAAUCCAGGCUUUACCA